CACACCGGUGCAAGCUUGUUCUGGGUCGUCUCAUGCUCGAGGCCCGCCCCUCAACCUAAGCACGGCGGAAGGUCCUGACCCGCGAGCACCAGCCAAUGGCGUUACCGCCAGUCUUCGAUUGCCAGGCAACGUAAAGCGCAGUAACCGGGUCCGCCCCCUCUCGGUCUAGACGUCCGCCCCCGGCUCCCCUUCCGGGAAUGACUCGGUCUGUGGCGAAAGUAGAUCCGGCGAGGCGGGCGUGUUCGGCGAGGGCCGUGUGCGGUGUUCCUCCGCGGCAGGCGGUGCGGCCGGGGCUAACUGGUGGCGAGGUCCGGAGCAGGAGACUGGCAACAGAGGACGGAGGCGACUGCGGCCUGGCCGGUCGGCGUGAGGCGACAGGGAAGACCCAGGACCACUGAGUUUCCCAUCUCCUCUGGGUUGGUGGCCGGCACAAGCAUCCCUCCGGGCCCUCUCCAGGAGUGUGCAGCGAGGCAGAGCCACGAUGUCCAACCCCUUCCUGAAGCAGGUCUUCAACAAGGACAAGACCUUCCGCCCCAAGCGCAAGUUCGAGCCGGGCACCCAACGGUUCGAGCUGCACAAGAGGGCACAGGCGUCGCUGAACGCGGGGCUGGACCUGAAGCUGGCAGUGCAGCUGCCCACUGGCGAGGAGCUCAAUGACUGGGUGGCUGUGCAUGUGGUGGACUUCUUCAACCGCAUCAACCUCAUCUAUGGCACCAUCAGCGACGGCUGCACCGAGCAGUCCUGCCCCAUCAUGUCAGGUGGCCCCAAGUACGAGUACCGCUGGCAGGAUGAGCAUAAAUUUCGCAAGCCCACAGCACUGUCCGCCCCGCGGUACAUGGACCUGCUAAUGGACUGGAUCGAGGUGCAGAUCAACAACGAGGACAUCUUCCCCACCAGCGUCGGCACGCCGUUCCCCAAGAACUUCCUGCAGGUGGUGAGGAAGAUCCUGUCACGUCUGUUCCGCGUGUUUGUGCACGUCUAUAUCCAUCACUUUGACCGCAUUGCACAGAUGGGCUCUGAGGCGCACGUCAACACCUGCUACAAGCACUUCUACUACUUCGUCAAGGAGUUCGGCCUCAUCGACACCAAGGAGCUGGAGCCACUGAAAGAAAUGACUGCACGAAUGUGCCACUGAGGCCCCCUUGGCCCCACUAGGCAGUGAUAGGCCCAUCUCCCCGGAACAUGGACUGUGUUUUCUGGCCCAGCAGCUCCAUGACCUCAGCCAUCGGACAGUGCGCUCUGUGCCGCCCAGGCUCCACUGAACACUGGCAUUGAGUCGUCUCUCUGAUUCCAAGGUAGCAGCAGCCAUGGGUCUACACAUAGCAGGGUCCAGCCUCCCCGAGCCCCACAGUGGGGAGAAUGAACUUGAACUCUGAUUCUGUGUGCUGUGAGCAACUGGGAAAAUCCACUUCACCUGUGAAGCACUUGCAUCUGCCCAGGGGCUGGAGCUCAGACCCCACCCACCAGGCACAGCCAGCCUGUCCCCACAUGCCCCCAACUUGCUCAGCCUGGGAGGGGACAGGCUGCAGGCUCCAGGUCAGCAGACAGGAACCCACCUCCACCAGGACCCCCACAGCCCCAUAUCUGUCACAGAGGUACGAUGUCCCCUGCUCCCUCUCCUCCCGCCUCUCUUCCUCAAUCCCCUUCCAUUCCUUCAGUCCUUCCAAAAUGUUGGGCUCAUCUGUCAGGGCUUCCCAGACCCCACACCUGCACCCCAGGUUUCCUGGGGCCUUUCACGUAUAAUGAAAGAUUGAGUGCUUAUGCAUUCUCCCUGAUGAUCACCUUGAGAUGUUAAGGAAAGGAAGCUUUCUACCUAUAAAUAGUGAGCCCACCUCCCUUCUAGACAAAUGCCCCUGUGUUAUGAGUAACACGAUGACCCUCCAUUGAGCCUCCGGGUCUGGGCCUUCCUUCAGGUGCCUGCCCACUUUAUGUGGAAACCUUGUGGCCCUUCAUGGCCACAGGACCAGAGUCCCAGCACUCUCUUCACAGAACAUGGAGGUGUGGCCAGGGCCUGUGUGAAGCUACUUGAAGUGAUAGAAGGAAGCCACACAUUGCCCCCAGCUCCAGCCUCCCUGCCCACUGGUACCCACAGUGGCCUUUCCCCUGGCAGCCUUGCCACCAACCACACCUGCCUCUGAGGACCUCCGAUGUCCGGGAUGCUUGCAGAAGAGAAGGGCGCUGUCACCCAGCACCAAACAAGUGUGAUUAUCAAGGCCUCAACCUAGUCCUCCCAGACACCACUGGGUCCAGGCCUGGAGCCCUGGGACACAGACCCCGCAGAAUGCAGAAAACCAUCCGAUGGAAUGUAGCUCCUCUUAAAUGCAAAACAAUGCCCAAACGCCAUAACCACUGUGCCCCCCCAGGUUGCCCGCUCUUCCCCCUCAGUCUGUCCAGGUCAGGGAAGGUGAUGAGGACUGUGGGGUAGGGAGGGUCCUCUUGCAUACCUGUGGGUAUUCCCACAUGACUAUCCAAAUAAAUUGUGCCAUUUUUGUA